GGAAACACUCGAUUCGAUUCGCAAUCGAUAACACCAUAAUCGACUAUCGAUUACAAUUUUCUGAAUCGAUCGCGGGCCCGGGGCACGUGACGCGUUAAGGGCCAAUCGGCGCCACCCCCCUUCCCCUCCCACCUCCUCUCCCAUAGCAACCACGACGGCGUCUCAAAGAUGUCGGCUCGCGGAUCCCGCUCGGCCUUCGUUCUGCACGGAUUCAAGGCCGCCCUCAGAGACAAGCCAAGUGAAUACCUCACCAACUCUCAGAGGACUUCAACGUCCUCUUUCCUCAGCCAGAGCACAAGCUUCUCAGCUGGGAACAUGAGGCCAAAAAGUGUCCCAGCAGGCUCAUCGGCAGUGAAUGGCCGUGGCGGCAGCCCCACGCUGGACGAGCUGGAGCUGAGCCUGCACGACCUGAAGCUCCAGGUGAGUGACCUCCGUUCUAGCCUGGAUGUCGACUUCGCCUCGGACAAGGCCGCCGGAGAAACCCGAAAGACCCGACAGUGGCCCCUGUUGCCGGAUCCGGAGCCCGGCAUGGGCGCUUUUGAAGACGACAGUGACGACGCCUGGUUUCUCGGUCCGAGACGCCGCUCCAGGUUUUCCUUGGACGGCAGCGCCACCACCAUCGCCGCUGCCGGCCUGGGGCUGCACCGCGAGGCGUUCCCGGUGCAGAUCGGCGCUCCGCACAUCGUCGGCGUGCCCUCGCUGCUGCCGCCGGCGAUCCCCGUGCGGGGCAGGUCACCCGUGCGGACGGCGGCGACGGUGGUGCUGGAGGAGGUGGCGAGGGCUCGCCGCUCGCGCUCGCUCGAGCGCUGGGCCGCGGACAGGAGAGGCGCGCGGAGGAGCGGGAUGACCCGCUCGCGGUCGCAGUCGCCGAAGCCGGCGUGGAGGCCCAGCUCGGCAAAACCCGACCUCAGCUCACGGCCGCCGCCGCCGGUGCUGCGGUCGCGCAGGAGCGGAGCGAGGGGGAAGAGUGACGAGGAGGGACGGCUGUCGGAGGACGAGCGUGGCCGGCAGCCCUGGCGGGGCCUGCGGUCGUCCCUGCGGUCGCUUUCCGCCGAGCACAGUCCAGGCCCCGCUUCUCGGGGUCCCACGGCGCUGGACGUGAGCGAAAGGUUUGUUGGUUCUCUGGGAGGCCACUUGGGGGGCACGUCUCCGUACGGGGAGGCUCUGCGCCGCUUGCGCCGGCAGCGUCUGCGGGUGGAGGAGGAGCUGCUGCUGGAGCUCAAGCGGCAGCUGGAACUGGAGAGGACGCGCGGGCCCCGGCCUAAGUGGUACGAGAUGAGGGGUCCUCAGUUCCACUACGAAGCCAGGAAGAACAACAACCACUUGCGGAGCAGCGCCGAGUGGCAGAGGAUCUAUGACUACAGGAACCAACUGCUCUCGGCCUCGCAUACUUUCAGGGAAGGCCUGGCCAACAGGCCCUAGCGUCCAUUGCCCAAGUUAUUGCUGAUCCGGGCGAAGACCUGUCUACACUUGAAAACCCAGUUGAAAUUUUGGAUCAUCGCCAUCGCCGUUGUCCAUCCACUGCUGGAUAAAGGUCUCUCCCCAUGCCGCCGAUAUCCUUCCCGGUCCUGCGAUGUAACGAUCCCAUCAAGUGCCUGCACGAGGGCCGACCUCACGGCUCCGUCUCUCCCCUGUGGACAUCCUUUCGUUCACGUUUCCUCCUUUGGCUGCCACCCACCCUUGUCAUCCGUCUCAACCAUCGUCCCAAAUCGCGACAACCUCCCGGCCUGGCCCGCUGACUUACUUAACGGUCAACAUCGUGUGUGCCUUGCUUGUGCUUGUUCUGCAAUCUGCCUCUCGGCGGUGUGAUUCCACUCACUGAUUCAAGAGCCGAAUGGCUCACAGGGCUGUACCAAAUAAAUGGAGCUAAAUGGAACUAAAUGGAACUGAUUCCGCAUGCUAUCGCGGGUACUGUACGGUAGUUGCCUGGACUUCAAUCCAGGGCCUCCGUGGUGCUGGCUGAGCGCUCUGACUUGGAAUUCACCCUCCGAGGCACAGCCACGUCGGACUGCUGUGAACAUUGAUUCUGGCUCUGAUGUCUAGAGUGAGGCCUAUACGCUGGGCCCGAUUGUCUCGUCUGUACUCCGUGCAGCUGCUUCACCGCAGAACGGAGCACGUCCCCUCGUUUCUAACUCUCAUCAGCCGUGUCCGUCUGUGGCAGGGGGUCAUGGUAACGCCCGGAAAGAUAAUCCAAUACAAAUUACAUUUUAGGAUGAAGUUGUGUUGCCAUUAGGGACUUAUGUAACGGAAAACCAGCCAAAUCGAUCAAGAGUUGCACGAAACCUCAAGAUUAAAAAAACCCCCCAGAAAUAAUGGCUGUGAUAUCACCGGCUCCUCACGAUGUCAUCUCAAGUGGCAUUAAUUGAAUCGAUUGGCGGCACCCCCGGUCACGAUGGUGACCCGGGGGUGCCAAAACCUCCGUAACUCCGAAACCAGAAAGCCUAUGAAGAUUGGAGAUGCCAUUGAGCCCGAUAUGCAAUGCCAAAUAUGGAAAUAAAAAACACGCAAAACACCCAUAAAAAGGGGGGCUGCUGGGGAUUUGUGCGUGGCAACGGCUGUUUAUCGCUUGUUGUGAAAGUACAUCGGGAUGCUGGUCUGGUCAUUCCCCAGCACGUUCUGCUUCUUACGGGGGCGGCCACCACCCUUGUCUUUGGGAGCGAGACCACUUGGAGGCAAUGGCGCACCAGGCGCUCGCUUGCUACGGCCGGCGGUCACGGUGGUACUGGCGGGAUCGACAUUGUCGUCAUCAUCGCUCCCAGCGUCGCCCUCCGGCAGGACAGGGUAGUACCAGCGAUGCUCCCAGAAAAAAAAACCUUUAAACUAUGCCCGACCCACCAAUAUUUUGCGGUGACCCGGACUACCGCCAAUCGAUUCAAUUGUUCUGCGGUGCCGAAGAUAACGUUAUUGGAGGUAAUUAAAUCCUUCCGAUGGCAAAUGCGUGUCGGAAAGCAUUUUCAGAAUACACGUGUACGCAUGAUUUUUCUUCCUCGUUCUCUCUCGCGCACACAGCUCGCUUGGUCUGCCUCUACUGCCUCGAAUUAUUAACUGACUCGGUUAACGAAGCUUGUCAAAUCUCACCUUACAAUUUUACUUUAAUUCUAUUGAAGCAUAGCGCGAACAAAGCUCUUUAAGUUUCCCUUGAAGAGCAAAAACUGACCACUUUCAUCAUUUAUAUAUAAAACCAGACUGGUAUUUUAUUUUGAGCAUUCAAAUCGACUUACGGGUGGUCGCGCUUUUCUCGAAAGUAGUCACUCUCUCUGCCAUCUGCGAAGAAGGACAAUUGCCUGAAAAACAAGCCUGUUAUAUAUAUAUUUUCGUCUGUUAUAAACCAGUGUUUAUGGCGAAAUGUG